AUGUCUUCAAUGUAUAGUGGUGUUCCUAGUUACCAAUAUCCACAAGGAUCAGCUAGACCGUAUAAUCAACCGAUGAACUAUGGUAACAAUCAACGCAACCAAGAUUAUUCAAUAUCAUCGUCUCAUUAUGUUGACCGACGGCCAAUAAAUCCAGCGUUAACUAAUCCAACCAACCGAUCACAAUAUUACAGUACAAAUGUUCAAGAUUAUUCAAUCCCACCAUCUCUCUAUGUCGAACGACGUGCAAGCAAUCCUGCGCCCGUUGGACAAUAUAAUCAACCACAAUAUAUUGAACCAACUAAUUCAAGUCUUGGUUAUAACAAUGCUCGUGCUAUACAAGCUCAAGGAUCAAGCAUGUAUCAUCAGAAAAAUCCUGGUACACCAUCACGAAAUGUAAAUUCAGCAUUGAAAGUGAAUCCAUCUCCACUACCACCACCAUCGCCACCAAAAGCAUUAUCUCAAUAUGCUAUAAAUAGUCGAGAAAAUGUUUUGAUUAAAAAAGAUAUACGCAGUGAAAUUGAUGAUUCGCCCAUAAUUGAUCCGCGUGCAUUUCAAUAUUUAAAUUUGGAUAAUAGAAAAGCUCAACAGAAACCGAUCUCAGCAGCAAAUGAAAGUGGCAUUGAUGCACGACCCAUUGUUAAUUUCGAUGCAGUUACGCAAUUAGAAAAACGUCGUCAACAACAGAUCGAAAAAAAUAAUCGAUUACGUGGUGAUGAUGGUUCAGGAUCAGGUAUCGAUGGAAGACCUAUCGUCGAUAUAAAUGCAUUUCGCCAUAUCGAAGCAAAGGCAUAUAAGAAGAAAGAUAAUGAACAACAAGGUCAAGGCACUGGUGGUGGAAUCGAUGAAAGACCAAUUACCAAUUUUGAUGCAAUCAAAGAUUUGGAAACAAGACGUCAACAGAAAACAUCGAAUGUAUUGAAUGAAUCAAUUAUUGAUACACGGCCAAUAAUCAAUCCUGAUGCAUUCAAAUAUUUGGAAAAACGAAGAGAUAAUUCAGUUAAAACCUAUGAUGAAGGUGGUAUUGAUACUAAACCGAUUGUGAAUCCCGAAGCUUUUCGUUAUCUUGAACAACGUGGCCCACCAUUGCAUCGUGACAUCGAGUCAGGUGUCGAUACAAAAUCAAUUGUUGAUCCGAAUGCAUUUAAAUAUCUUGAAAACAAAGAAACAUCAAAAUUGGCCAUUACUGAAUCAACAAUUGAUUAUCGACCUAUCGUGAAUCCACAAGCAUUUAAAUGGAUUGAACGAAAAGAACCAAAGCCUCGUGUUGAUGAUGGACCUGAAGUGGACGAACGUUCUUAUAUUAAUCCAAAUGCUUUGCAAUAUAUUGAUCGACCUCCUCCGAUGAAGAAGACCGACGUAUGUGAACCAGAAAUCGAUACACGUAGUUUUAUACUUGAUCGAAAUCCGGGUGCUCUUGCUCAUCUUGAACGUACAUCAUCAAAUAGAAAAUAUGAUACAACUGAAAGUGGUGUAGAUGAACGAUCUUUUGUUAAUCCAAACGCAUUUAAAUAUCUCGAAGGUAUGAGCGAGGCGGGACCACCUCAAACUUCUGUACAUUCAUCGGCUGGUCCAUGCAUUGAUACUAAAUCUUAUGUUAAACCAGAUUCAUUUCGUCAUCUCGAAAGUAAAACCGCGAAGCAAGAAUAUGGCAAUAACAAUAAUGAUCAAGGAGUUGAUGAAAGAUCGUUUGUACCACCGACAGCAUUUCGUCAUUUGGAAUUCACUGGUGAACCCACAAAUCCUGAACCAAUUAAUUAUGCAACAUAUGGACAAUCAGACUUUUGA